CUGCCAUUUCACUCAAACCAAACCCAAAAGCCAUGACACAAAUAAAAGGGAACAGAUCAGAAUAAAAAUUAAAUCGAAAACAGUUUCUUGUAAACUAAGGCAUUCCCAUCAUUUCUUCGACACCAAUCAAAGCCCUAUCGCUUGCUUUUCCCGUCCACCAAAUCCCCAGAAGCCUCCAUAUCAAGGACCAGACCAAAAACCAGACCCGUCUCUGGGCUUUUGGACUCAUGGGUCGCGAAGCAGAGCAACCAAAAGCAAUAGUACUCGCAGCCACAGCCCCAGCCACGCCGCCGCCAGCGCCAACGGCUUUGGCUCCAGGCUUCAGGUUCCACCCAACAGACGAAGAACUCGUCAUUUACUACCUCAAGCGCAAGGUGUGUCGAAAACCCUUCAAAUUCAACGCGAUCUCCGAGGUCGACAUCUACAAGAGCGAGCCUUGGGACCUCGCAGAUAAGUCGAGCUUGAAGAGCAGGGACCAGGAGUACUAUUUUUUCAGUGCACUAGACAGGAAGUACGGAAAUGGGGCAAGGAUGAACAGGGCUACAAACCAAGGGUACUGGAAGGCCACAGGAAAUGACAGGGCAGUCAAGCACAACGAUAUCACUGUGGGGAUGAAGAAAACCUUGGUUUUUCAUAGUGGCCGAGCUCCUGAUGGCAAAAGGACCAAUUGGGUUAUGCAUGAGUAUAGGCUUGUUGAUGAAGUAUUUGAAAAAGCUGGGCUUGGUUCCAUUCAGGAUGCAUUUGUGCUGUGUAGAGUAUUUCAUAAAAGCAACAUAGGACCACCAAACGGGCACAGAUAUGCUCCUUUUGUUGAGGAGGAAUGGGAUGAUGAUGACAAGUUAACUUUGGUUCCUGGACAAGAGUCCCGGAAUGAAGCUGUAGCUGGUCGGGAUGCAUUUAUUAUAGGAAAUGGUCAUGCUGCUUGUAGUGAACAAAAUGCUCAUGCCGCAUGUAGUGAACAAAAUGCUCAUGCCGCACGUAGUGAACAAAAGGCUCAUGCCGCACGUAGUGAACAAAGUGGUCAUGCUGCACGUAGAGAACAAAAUGGUCAUGCUGCAUGCAUUGAAGGAAAUGAUCAUGCUGCAUGUAAUGGAGAAAAUGGUCAUGGCACUUCCGUCCAAGGAAAUGGUCAUGGCACAUCCGUCCAAGGAAAUGGUCAUGACACUUCCGUCCAAGAAAAUGGUCAUGGCACUUCCGUCCAAGGUAAUGGUCAUGGAACUUCCGUCAAAGGAAAUGGUCAUGGAACUUCAGUCGAAGGAAAUGGUCAUGGCACUUCUGUCCAAGAAAAUGGCCAUGGCACUUCCGUCAAAGGAAAUGGUCAUGGAACUUCAGUCGAAGGAAAUGGUCAUGGCACUUCUGUCAAAGGAAAUGGCCACGGCACUUCUGUCAAAGAAAAUGGCCACGGCACUUCUGUCAAAGAAAAUGGCCAUGGCACUUCUGUCAAAGAAAAUGGCCACGGCACUUCUGUCAAAGGAAAUGGUCAUGUUACUUCUGUUGAAGGAAAUGGCCAUGGCACUAUAAUUGAAGGAGGUGAUCAUGGAACUACUAAUGAGGGUAACUGUCUGGAAAUGGUGGAAUAUGGUCCUGAUUUGCACAAUGCAGGAAAUAAUUUUGAGCAGGAUACUCAGCCCAUCAGCAAUGCUCUUGUGACUGAUGCUGAACUUCCAACAGAGAAUGAAAAUGAUUUACCACUUUGCAAGACAGAGAGAAUGGAUGAUUAUCCCAUGACAUGUGUGGUUAAUCGGGAAGAGAGAUUGGAUGAUUAUCCAUCACCAGGUCCUGAUGAUGCACAGCCCCUGCUAUCUUUGUUUCAUCGACAUCCUGGGCAACUACGCCAGUAUAAAAGAAGGCGGCAUAAUGAUUCAAAUUCUAACCAUUCAAAUGCUUCUGACAUUUCAAGUGGGAUGACACAUGACCCUUGCUCAUCUACAACAACAACAGCGUCAACUGAGGCAUCGAUGACCACGACAACAAGAAAUUUUCUGUCUGCACUGGUGGAGUAUCAGCUGUUAGAAUCCCUUGAACCCAAAGAUACCACUCCACCACCACCGCCUGAAUUCAGUGCUGCUUUGCUUCAUUCAUCUGUGCCUCCUAGCUGCUUGAAAUAUGUAGAGACUCUGCAAAAUGAAAUCCACAAGAUCUCUAUUGAGAGGGAGACAUUGAAAUUUGAAAUGAUGAGUGCCCAAGCAAUGAUUAACAUUCUUCAAGCACGAAUCGAUCUUCUAAACAAGGAGAAUGAGGAUUUGAAGAGGAACAAUGUUUGAGUCGCCUAGUGGUUUGUAGUUCGUAUGUACUCGGUAGUGUUCUUUGUAUGAGUUAACGGCCCCGUAUGGGCCGUGUUGAACUAUCUACAGUGAGUAUGUUUUCCUUAAUAGAGUCGGUAACUGUCUGUUGUUAAUUGAACGAUGUUGUAAACUGUAGCAAGCUUGUUGUACCAGUAGCAAGCUGAACUAUGUUGUAUCUUUAUGGGCUUGGAUUAGCCUGUCAUCGAAAUCGGCAGUUUAGACCUGAAUUAUGUUAAAUUUCAA